AUGGGCAAUAUUCCCAAACCUACUACUACCACCACUACUAGUGGGAACAAGCAACGCUUGAGGAGCCACACCACAAGUGGGGCAUUUGAGUCCGUCUCCCGCCCUCCCAUUAACCGUGAAUGGUCUCGGUCUAGAAGCAAGGUCGUUGAGCACGUUCUUGCCUCUCGCAGGCCAUCCGUAUCACCUCCAUCACCUCCGUCACUGUCACACCACGGUACUCCAACUAUAGACGGCUAUGGGACCAUCAGGAAUAGGUUGCAGGUUUCUCAGACCGACAUUUCGACCCACAUCCAAUCCGACAGGGCACCCGGUAUCAUAGAAAGCGCACUCCAACUGCAGCAAAGCCAGCACCUUGACGAAAGUAUUGACCAUCAUGAUGAUAUAGUGGAUCAUUUGGAUGCAAUUGAUCCCCAGGUCGCUACUGUAUCCAGCCUGGCCAAUGCCGCUAAUUGUAUUUUAAUGCAAGUCCCUCCAUCAAACUUCUACUCUCGAAAACCAGUAAUUGCGUUAUUUUAUCCGAGUGGGCGACAAGUUUUAGACAUGGAAUCCACUGGACAUGUCCAAUUUGAUAGCAUGGACGAAUCAUUAGACAGACAUGUCGAAGACGUCCUGACCGGUCGAUCCAAGGCCAGACGUAAACUUCACGGUGUUUGGUCAUUUUUGAAAACUCGUCAGUGUAUCAUAACGGGCAUUUACGGUUUUCUUGUGGUGUUCUGGGGAGCUGCGCUAGUGUUAUUCUUGCUGAAAUGGAUUAAUUUACACAAUGCAAAUACCCAAGGUUUUUGGGUCGAAGUAUGCUCCCAAGUCGUGUGUGGUUUAUUCACCGUCACCGGUAUUGGCCUGAUCCCUGCGCGUGCUCUCGAUACCUAUAGAAUCUGUAAAAUUUGGCACUAUAAGCAUAGGACAACGAAGCUACGAGAUAAAGCUAGUCUCCCUCAGCUACUCGACGUUGAUGACUUGCCCGAUCCUGUUUAUGACCCUACCUUUGUUCAUGUUCUCACUGAACAGGAACAACAGGAUUUACAUCAUCAACAGGUCAAGUUUCGCGAGAGUCAGACAUGGUACCGCCCACAUGGUACUGUGACUCACCGAGCAUUUCCAAUCAAUACGGCACUCUGGAUAUGUCUCUUGACCGAUGGAAAUUCGGCCUUUCAGGUCAUAUUGUCGAGUUGCAUGUGGUCUAUGAACCGAUUUGAACGACCGGCGUGGACCACAGGUACACUCAUUCCCGCAUCAUUUUUGUGCGGCAUAGUUGCGGCGAUAUUGAUUUGGCGAGGUGGCCAACUGACUAGACGUACGGAGAAGAUCCAAAAUACCCUAAGAACAGCACUUGCGAUGGACAACUACGAUGGCCUUUUGCACGCGCCAACCAUAAAUACCUCGACAAAUCCUCCUAAUGAUAUCCCUGAGCAGGCCAGUACCGCCAGUACAACUGACUUAAACACAUCUUCGGAGAAGCAUGAUGAUAGCGGUGCUAUUCCUGCUUUUCCAGCAGCGUCGCCUGCCAUUGUAGAAGACACGAAACCCAUGAUGAAACAGACGAUUGACAACUUAUGA